GCUCUCGCGAUGUUUCGCCUUUCCGGAAGCGCUGAAGGACGUUCCCUGUACUCGGCGGCGCCAUGUGUGGGGACUGUGUGGAGAAGGAAUAUCCCAACCGGGGUAAUACCUGUCUGGAGAAUGGAUCUUUCUUACUAAACUUUACAGGCUGUGCAGUGUGCAGUAAGCGGGAUUUUAUGCUCAUCAUGAAUAAGUCCCUGAAGGAGGAAGAUGGAGAAGAAAUAGUUACCUAUGACCAUCUUUGUAAAAAUUGUCAUCACGUAAUAGCCAGACAUGAGUAUACAUUCAGUAUCAUGGAUGAAUUUCAGGAGUACACCAUGCUGUGUCUAUUAUGUGGCAAAGCUGAAGAUACGAUCAGUAUUCUCCCUGAUGACCCUCGACAAAUGACUCUGUUAUUCUGAGACUCCUGCGGUUCUGUUGUAACUGUGUGGGCUUGAUUCACAAUACAGCAAGCCCAGUGGUUUUUCUAAUUGGGAAAGUUCUUUGCAUGUUUGCUUUCCUGCUUAGGCUUAACUAUUCUUUGAUAGAAAAAGUAAUUUGAGGAUUGUUGUUUCCUAAAACUGAGCCAUACUGCUGAAGUUCCUCAUUCACAUCAGUGCAGCCAGAGUGAAACAUCUUUGCUAGUAGUUUGUUGCCCAGAAAUUAACUAGAAUAUGUACUCACUCAGUGCCUAGAUCUUUGAUUCCUAUAAAAAGAAUCAGGACUCCUUACAAAAAAUGACUCAUGGAGGUCGGGUGCAGUGGUGCACGCCUUUAAUCCCAGCACUUGGGAGGCAGAGGUAGGAGGAUCGCCUUGAGUUUGAGGCCACCCUGAGACUACAGAGUGAAUUCCAGGUCAGCCUGAGCUAGAGUAAGACCCUACCUUGAAAAACCAGGAAAAAAAAAAAAAAAGACUGAUGGGAGUACAGAAGGAAUUAUUUAAGAUAAACCUGGAGCAUUUUGUCUCAUACACACACACACACACACACACACACACACACACAUGAAAUGCUUAAAAAAAAAGUCACAAGGAUUGAAGGUGUAUCACAUAAAAGAAACAACUAAAGGAACUUCCAGUAACCACAGCUGGAAUGGUUUGAGCUAGAAAAUUAGUGAAUUAGUUUUGGAUUAUAACCCAUUAAAGUACAUAAUAAAUACCUACAAGUCUAUGAUAUAAAUGAUUGAGUGAGCAAAUGAAUAAAAAAGGGGAAAGAAGGAAAAAAGGAUGAAUGGGGAAGGAGGAAAGGAGGGAAAGAGAGAAUGAGAAUGAAUUUUCUGUGGAGAAGAACUUCACAUAAUUUCUUCUUUUGUUUUUUCAAGGUAGGGUCUUGCUCUAGCCAAGGCUGACCUGGAAUUCACUGUGUAGUCUCAAGCUGGCCUUGAAUUCAUGAUCAGCCUACCUCUGCCUCCUGAGUGCUGGGGUUAAAGAUGUGCACCACCACUCCCAUCUUCUCACACAAUUUCUGUAGCAAGUUCAUUCUGUAAACAUGGGCUGUGUGCCUAAGUCACUUCCUUCCACAGAGUAGAAAGGAAGGAUAAAGAGUUACUGUGUGGUGGAGAAACUGGAGAGUUACUGUGUGGUGGAGAAACCUGACCACACUAGCUCAGCUAGGUGGUGAAGGUUGACAUCAACAGUGGUAAGCAGGUGCCCUUGGUAUGUGUGGUGUCAAGAUCUCUGAGGUUUUCCUCCCAAUGAGCCAUACUCUGUUGAGUCAUGAGAAAAACACACAAAUUCCAGUUGAAGGAAAUUCUGCAAAAUACCUGAUCGCACCUUUCAAAACUGCCAAGGUCAUUACAAAGUCUAAGAAACUCAUCCAAGAAGUGAAGGGGACAUGGCAGCUGCAUGUAAUGCGUCCUAAAUGGGAUCCUUACCAGAAUAAGGCUGUUUAGUAGAAACUAGAAAAGUCUUUAGCUAAUACAAAUCCCAGAAGAGUUUCAUUGGGGCCUGGAGAGAUGGAUCAGCAGUUAAGGUGCUUGUUUGCAAAGCCAAAGGCCCUGGUUCAAUUUCCCAGCACCCACAUAAAGGCCAGAUGCACAAAGUGGUGUGUGUGUCUGGAGUUCAUUUGCAGUGGCUAGAGGCCCUGGCCCUCUUUCUUUCUCUCAAGUAAAUAAAUAAAUAAAAUACUUUUUUAAAAAGAGUUUCACUGCCUCCAGAGGGAUUUCAGAGAGUCAGAUUUGCAUAGUUGGAAGAGCACUGGCAUGGUGGUCCUAAACCGACAUUUUGGCCUCUGCCAUUUGGUAGCAGUAUAACUGUUACAUAGCAUUACUGAACUUCAUUGUCCUAUUUUAUAAGAUUAGGCUAACACAAUCUGAUGUUGAUUCAGUAUUGUUAGGAGAUCCAAAUGAUGAGCAUAAAAUACUUUGGAGAACCUAUAAAGUACUAGAAUAUAAUGACAUGACUUCAUCUGAAAAGAAAACAAAAUUGAAAUACUGAGCUAAAGCACACGGAAAAAAGCCAGCAUCGUAUUCAGUGUUGAUACCAGCAGAAAGCUUUGUUGUGUUGUAGCAGUGAUGACAGUUGGGGUUUAUUGUCCGUACUGUGUGUCAUAGCCAUUUAAAAGCACUUAUCCAACAAUGCCAUGAAAUCCGUACUAUCAUUAUUUCAGUUUCAGAGCCAGAAAACAAAGUACAGAAACAUGAAGUAACUUGCUCAAGGUCACAAUGCUGGGUAAACAAGCUGGGCGGGCCUGGCGAGCUUGGAAGAGGUUGGUUAGAGUAUCAGGGACAGCACUGAGGAAUCCAGGCGUGUCGGGUAAGAUUUGCCGCUCACAGACAUUAAGUUAACUGCUCCUCAGAGAUCAGUUGUUUCAUUCCUGGAGAAUGUUUCCAUUUUGCUGCAGAUCUAUAUCUGACCUGCUGAGGAAACCCUUUGGUGAAAUGAAUCCAAAAAGCAGAGAAAAUGCUUCACUUCUCUGAAUAGCAGCAACAAGUCUUUUUAUAGCCUUAGAAUGGUUCCCUUUUGGAGUUUGCUGAGUCCAUCUUGGUCACUCAAAGAUGAGUAUGAUCUUACAUGCCCUGCUUGUACUUCAUCUGCUGCAGAAUAGAUAAUUAUCAACUUGUUUUGAAUGUAGAUUACAAAAAUACACAAGAUUGUAUCUCUAUACUCAUCAUCAUUCAACCAAAUUUGAUGUCUUUUGUGAUCCCAUAUCAUCUGAGAUUCUUCUGUGGGUCUAAUAGAAUAAACAUCUCAUAAGUCUA